AUGUCCCAAACACAGCAAGUCACCCUGAUAAUAGGAGCAUCACGCGGGAUCGGGCGCCAAAUUGCCAUCGACCUAGCAAAGAACGGCUACGCCGUAAUGCUAUCCGCAAAAACAACAUCGGACGCAUCGACAGUGACUCCGUUCCCACCAGACCCGAACUCAUCGCAGUCUACCAUCAACACAGUAGAGCGCGAGAUUCACGAAGCGGGCGGACACGCGGCAACAGUCGCCGUUGACGUGCGUGACGCCGCACAGAUCCAGCAUGCUGUCGACGAGACGGUUCGCGUCUUUGGGAAGCUCGAUGUGCUCGUGUACAACUCCGGUGCGAUCUGGUGGUCUUCUGUGGAGAAGACGCCUCUGAAGCGGUUUAAGCUUAUGCAGCAGGUCAACCCCGAGGGACUGUAUGCGAGUGUUCAAGCUGCUUUGCCUUUCUUUGAGAAGGGGGGCUGGAAAGGGCGCAUUAUUGUUGUAUCGCCGCCUAUUUACUCGAGGUUCUUUAGUGGGAAGACUGCUUAUGCGAUGGGCAAAGUCGCAAUGAGUGUCUUGGUCAAAGGACUGGCCAUGGACUUUGUACGCCAAGGCCGAAAUGAAAUGGCGGUGACGAGUAUCUGGCCUGCAUCGUCGAUUGAAUCAGCAGCUACAGAGUAUAAUAAGGGAUCCGACACAUCCUACAAAAAGGAUUUGAGAAAACCGACGAUAUUCUCAGAUGCUGUUCUGGCUAUGCUUCGUGCCCCACAUCAAACAGUGAAUGGGCUCCUGGAUACAGAUGAGGACUUUCUCAGGGAGAAAUGCGGAGUCUCUGACUUUUCCAAAUACUCUGUAAUCCCAGGAUCGACGCCACGGCGGAUCAUGCCGGCCAAGUUCCCAGUCUUGGAGAUUGCAGAGCAAGACGAUGAAGGGCAGCGAAUGGAUAGCACGAAGUUACGGGCCAAGAUAUAG